AUGAAUUGCCCCUCGCGCACAGAUGACACGCUCCAGAAUCCGAGCUGGAACCAGAGCCCACCGCCCUUCAGUCCAGAUACCACGACUCGCAAUGACUUCAAUGGCCUGGCAAAUUCACGGGUCCAUCGCAGACAUGCCAACUCGGCCAACUCAGCAGGGGACGACACGUUAUCGAUCAACGAGGGACCGCGCAGUCUGCACGAUCGGGAUCCCGAAAAAGAAAAAGGACCCAGUGGCGAAGUGAUCGCUGCUCACUCGGGAGGUGAUUCACCCCCGAGGACCAGCGGAUCACCUCGCCGUCCAUUCUUAACCUAUUUCAAAGACUCUGCGCUGCACUGCGCCCGUAGUCUGGCCAAGUUCGGCCACUUCAUUGGGCCUGGUUUCCUCAUUGCGGUUGCAUAUAUUGACCCAGGCAACUAUGCCACAGAUGUUGCGGCCGGUGCGGAGUUCAAGUAUGCCUUGCUGUUUAUCGUUCUCGUUUCCAAUCUGUUUGCUAUCCUGCUGCAGUCCCUGUGCAUCAAGCUAGGUUCUGUGACGGGCCUGAACUUGGCGGAGAAUUGCCGAGCUCAUCUGCCCAAAUGGAUGGUGAUUACACUGUAUAUCCUGUCCGAGGCGGCCAUCGUGGCUACUGAUAUUGCCGAGGUGGUUGGAUCGGCGAUUGCAUUGAACUUGCUCUUGAACAUUCCCUUGGUGGCUGGAUGUGCCAUCACCUUGGUUGAUGUUCUGUUUAUUCUCAUCUUCUAUCGACCCAAUGGGGCGAUGUGGGGACUACGAUUGUUUGAAUUCUUCGUCAUGGCCUUGGUCUUAGCGGUGGUUGUUUGCUUCUGCAUUCAGCUCUCCCUCGUUCAUGAGCAGUCUAUUGGCGAAGUCUUCCGGGGUUACCUGCCUUCCUCGGCUAUCAUUCAAUCAGAAGGUCUCUACCAGAGCUGUGGAAUCCUUGGCGCUACAGUUAUGCCACACUCCCUCUUCUUAGGGAGUGGAGUGGUUCAAUCUCGACUGAAAGACUUCGACGUCACAGCCGGUUACGUACAAUCCACGGUGCCCCUGGGUAGCACUGGCGGCGAAGUCGAAUACCGUCCUUCCAUUCAUGCAAUCCGAGGUUGUAUGAAAUAUUCGAUCAUUGAGCUGGCCGUGUCCCUCUUCACCUUCGCACUGUUCGUCAACAGUGCCAUUCUCAUUGUUGCCGGAGCUGCCCUUUACCAAGUCCCUGGUGGUGCUGAUGCCGACCUCUUUGGUAUCCACAAACUGCUGUCUUCGUCAAUCGCACCCGCCGCCGGAUUGGUCUUUGCCUUGGCUUUGCUCUUGUCGGGUAUCUCUGCUGGUAUUGUUUGCACGAUUGCGGGACAAAUGGUCAGCGAAGGAAUGCUCAACUGGACCAUCAGACCUUGGCUUCGAAGACUCAUCACUCGCUCCAUCAGUAUCAUUCCUAGUAUCAUUAUUGCUGCAGCUGUUGGUAAGGAUGGUCUGAACAAGACUCUGACAGCGAGCCAGGUUGUUCUUAGUGUUAUCCUGCCAUUUGUUUCUGCUCCGUUGAUCUGGUUCACCUGUCUCAAUCGCUACAUGACUGUGAAGACAGAAGAGCCCAGUGAGCAAGUGGGUGAAGUGGAAAUCACCGAAGUUCCCAUGCGGAACAAUAUCGUUACUUCAGUCAUUUCAGUCAUUGUGUGGGUCAUCAUCGUUGUGAUGAAUGUGGCCCUGCUGGUUUUACUAGGCAUGGGCAAGGCCUCUUGA